AUGUCGGACUUCAUCUCAAACUCGAGGCCAAGUUUGGCACACAUUGACUUUGACGACAUGGACGAUAUUCAUUUGUCUCAGUCGAUGACUCGCAUUGAAAGUGGUCCAGAAAUUGGCGAAAUCACCAGUCUCAUAUCUCCACCCUGCCAUAUUAACCAGCCCGACCGCUCCACACAGCCAAAACCAUCAGCCCCAGUUUACCAUUCAGCCAAAGUCACCAGCUCCCCCUUUCUUCAAGCCAACGCCACCAGCCCCAUCUCACCAACAAGCCAAAGUCACCAGCCCCACCUCGCCACCAAGCUAAAGAUACCAGCCCCACCUCGCCACCAAGCCAAAGACACCAGCACCAUUUCUACAUCCUGCCACAUUAACCAACCCCCCGUCUCCACCCAGCCAAAGUCACAAGUCCCACCUCUUCACAUUGCUAAGUCACCACCAAGUCUCAACACCAAGCCCAAUAGUCACCGGCCCCACCUCUCCACCCAGCCAAAGUCACCAGCCCCGCCUCUCCAACCAGCCACAAUCACUAUCCCCAGCUCGCCACAUAGCCAAAGUCACCAGCACAAUCUCGUCAAUAAGCCAAAGUCACCAGCUCCACCUCGCAACCUAGCCAAAGUCACCAGACCCUCAUUGCCAAAGUCAUCAGCCACACCUCAUCACCAAGCCAAAGUCCCCAUCCACAGCUCGCCACAUAGCCAAAGUCCCCAGCACAAGCUCGUCAACAAGCAAAAGUCACCAGUCCCACCUCUCCACCCACCCAAAGUCACCAGCCCCACCUCACGACCAAGGUUAAGUCACAAGCUCCUCCUCUCCACCCAGCCAAAGUCUCCGGCCCCACCUCUCCACCCAGCCAAAGUCUCCGGCCCCACCUCUCCACCCAGCCAAAGUCACCAGCCCGUCCUCUCCACCAAGUCAAAGUCACCAGCCUUACCUCGCCUCCUAGCCACAUAUACCAGCUCCACCUCUCCACCUAGCGAAAGCCACCAGCACCACCACUCCACUCUGAAAAAGUCAUGA